AUACACACCACCACUCCAUUUUUUUAUUGUUCGGGCCCUAACCGCGCCACCGUCUGCGGCGUCGCCUUACUGAAUCCACCGGCAACCCCACACCUUCGUCCUCAGCACAAGGCUGAGCUUGGAAAGCAAACGGAGGAAGGAGGAAAUGACCCGGCAAUCAAACUCUCCGCGGCUCUGAUCUCUCCGGAAGCUUUGCACGGAAUUCUAAAAAUUCUCACCUUGCCCUCACUUGUCGGCUAUCAAAUUCACUACGUAUCAUUACAAUGAGGGAAAUUUUGGGCACCUGAGCUAGCUGUGGUUUACAAAAUCAGAUGCUGAUAGUAUGAAUAUAGAAGACUUAGGGAACAAAAUGACUGUAAUAGCGAAGCCAACAGAUUCAGCUUUUCUUAAGAGCAAUGCCCAAAACAACGAAGGAGAGUCUGAAGUUGAACCAUCUAUCGGCUUGGAAUUUCGUUCAUCUGAAGAUGCACAGGAGUUUUAUAAUUUCUAUGCAACAAAAGCUGGAUUUAAGAUCAGAAUCGGGCAGCUGUACCGAUCCAGAAUUGACGGCUCUGUAAUCUCCAGAAGAUUUGUGUGUUAUAAGGAGGGGUUUCAGACCAAUUCAAGAGUUGGCUGUCCAGCUUUCAUAAAGGUAAAGAAAGAUGAUUCUGGGAAAUGGGUCAUAUGCAGUAUCAAUAAGGAACACAAUCAUGAGCUCCAUUUCUCAGGUGAUAUUUCUCCCACACAAACUCAAAAAAAAAUCUCUCCCACUCCAAGAUCGUCUACAGUGAUCUCAGCCAGGACAGGUCUUAGAUCACUUGAUGAGGAUGGACCGUCCAGAUUGCUUGAUGCUAAACGCUUUAGAAGGGAUGAAGAAGUUGGUGGGGAACCUAAAGGUGAAGAACCAUGCAAGGGUCUUGAAUUCGCUUCUGCUAAUGAAGCAUACAAAUUUUACAGCACAUACGCUGCUAAAACAGGGUUUAAAGUGAGGAUAGGCCAGCUGUUCCGUUCCAAGCUCGACGGAUCAAUCACAUCACGGAGAUUUGUGUGCUCCAAAGAAGGACAUCAGCACCCUUCAAGACUUGGGUGUGGGGCAUUCAUGAGGAUACAAAGGCAACCGUGCGGGAGAUGGAUGGUCGACCGCCUUCAAUCCGAACACAACCACGAACUUGCCCGCCCAACUACUUCGGCUGCAUUCAAAGAGGAAGCAAGCAUCGGGUUGGAUAAUUUGGAAUUCAUUGAUUCGAAUGGUGACCUCAACAUCGUCCUUCGUGAUCGUGAAGCCAAAACCGGAAGCGAUUGGUACAAUGUGCUUCUAGACUAUUUCCAGAACCGGCAAGCAGCAGACACUGGCUUCUUUUAUGCAGUCCAGAUGUUGGAUGGUAGAGCUAAUCUUUUCUGGGCAGAUGGACGGUCCAGAUUCUCCUGCACCCAGUUUGGAGACGCUGUUGUGUUUGACACCACUUAUAGGAGGGGUAACCAUUCUGUUCCGUUUGCCUCUUUCAUUGGGGUUAAUCAUCACAGGCAACCUGUACUCCUUGGAUGUGCCUUGAUUGCUGACGAAUCUCCAGAGUCGUUCUCUUGGGUGCUCCAAAUGUGGCAAAAGGCCAUGUCUGGACGCCGUCCGGUGUCUAUCAUAGCUGACCAGGACUGGCCCAUUCAACAUUCCAUAGCUCAGGUUUUUCCUGGGACACACCACAGGCUUUCAGCAUGGCAAUUCUUUUCAAAGGAACAAGAACACUUGGGUGCUUUACUCUCUCUGGACCCACACUUUAAGUUUGAGUGCAUUUACCAGAGCCAUACGGCUCACGAGUUUGAUGCAGCCUGGAACAUUCUCAUCAACAAAUACAACCUGAAGGACAAUGCUUGGUUGAAUGAUAUGUCGAGGAUGCGCAAGAGUUGGGUUCCUUUGUACAUAAAAGCCACGUUCUUUGCUGGCAUACCCGUGGGGGGUAGCCUGAAUUCGUACUUCUGCUCUUAUCUGUCACCCCAAACGCCUCCCAACGAAUUCAUUUCCUGUUAUGAGAAAGCCAUUGAGGAACGGCGAGAUGAAGAAAGGAGAGAGGAUUUCGAGUCCUUGAAUCUGGCAACGUCCAUACACACAAAAGACCCCAUUGAAGAGCAAUGCUGGAGGCUAUACACCACGGCAAUCUUCAAAGUGUUUCAGAAAGAGCUCUUGGAGUGCUUUAGCUACGUGGGGUUGAAGAUAAACGUCGAAGGUGCCAUUACUAGGUACAUGGUCCAGAGGUGUGGGCCCAGCUCAGAUGAUCGGAACACGGUUGCCUUCAACGCAUUGAAUCUCAAUAUAAGCUGCAGUUGCAAGAUGUUUGAGUUUGAAGGGAUACUGUGUAGGCACGCCUUGAAGGUUUUCCAGAUAAUGAACGUGAGAGAAGUCCCGUCGCGAUAUGUCUUGCACAGGUGGACAAAGAAGGCGAAACAUGGUGUCUUAAGGGAUGUGGAAUCCGUGGGCGGGUCCCAGCAGGAUCUUAAAGCGCUGAUGCUGUGGAGUCUGAGAGAAGAAGCCAAUAAGUUCAUCGAGACUGCGGCGACUAGUUUGGAGAGAUACAAACUUGCUUUUGAGAUCAUGCAGGAGGGUAACAAAACCCUCAGAUGGCCAAGCUAGGAAGGGAAGGAUGUUUCCCAUAGAUCAGGGCCGGGGACACGCGACAAUAUUAUUAGAUGAUGUGCUACUAUGCCCGCAAAGAACAACAUGAUGAGAUUUUCAUAAUUAAGGCUUCGUUUGGUG